UCUUAUAGCCUUUUCUGAGACUAAUAAUGUUUGUUUUGCUGUAUGUUCAAUCAGCAGAUUUGAGCUUGAAGUUCGAGAGUUUUUUGGAUUGAGUUGAACAGUCCAAACAAAGCCAAAGGCUAAAGAUGAAGAAUAAGAAUCCGAUCUACAACAAUGGUUCUCAGGUGAACCAUGGUUUCCAACAUGAGGAGCAGCGGCCCCCUCCAUAUGCACCUUCUUCUGGAAUAAACCCAGCUUUACCUCAGGACCCUGGUCCCCAAAACCCACAGUUUCUAAACCAGAACCCCUCUCCGCCAUAUCCUUCAGAGAGAUACUCACCUGCUCAGAACCUGCACCAGUAUGUGCCUCAAGCAGCAUCUGUUAGUACCUGCCACACGACCACACCUGGACUCCACCGUGGCGCUAAACUAGUUCACAGAGCUUCCAGGAGAAAAAAAUGGCCAUGGAUCAUUGGCACAGUCGCCACCCUUCUGGUCAUUGCUGUGAUCAUAGUUGCGGUGCUUUGGUUUUAUGGUGUGUUUGAGUGUUUGCAAGGGCGGCGCUGUACCGCAGAUAACAAAUGCGUCAGCUAUUCGCAGUGGUGUGACGGUAAGCUGGACUGUCCAUCAGGAGGAGAUGAAGCUCAUUGUUUCCGUCUGUAUGGAUCUAAUUUCCUCCUUCAGAUGUACUCAAAUGUGAGCCAAAAAUGGGAGUAUGUGUGUUCAGAUGGAUGGAAUAACAAGCUCGGAAUUGAAGCAUGUGAGGAGAUCGGAUACGAGAGGGACACGUACAUGGGUUACGAGGAGAUUGAGUCGAGAGAAUUACUGGACUACAUGCUGGUGAAGAAAGAUACUCUGAAUAUAUCCACACAAAGUUUUCUCAGUAAAAGUUCAUACUGUCCAUCUAACAAAGCCGUGGCACUCAAAUGUAUUGAUUGUGGACGGAGCAGCGGGAGCCGAAUCGUGGGGGGAAUGACGGUGCAGUCGAAGGGGGUGUGGCCAUGGCAGGUCAGCCUGCAAGCUUCCGGAAGGCAUUUGUGUGGCGGGUCUGUCAUUACCCCGUACUGGAUCGUCACUGCAGCUCACUGUGUUCAGGAGAUUUCAAAUGCAAGGGAUUGGACGGUGUAUGCUGGAUAUCUGACUCGUAGUGAUAUGCGGCUCGCCGUCGGCAAUUCUGUAGGCCGGAUUGUCAAGCACGACUUUGAUCCAAAAACCAAUGAAAAUGACGUUGCACUGAUGAAGCUAAACCGUCCACUCACAAUUACAAUUUCAAACGUCAAGCCAGUGUGUUUGCCCAAUAAAGGCAUGUACUUCUCUGCUCCGCGGGAAAGUUACGUCACAGGAUGGGGGGCACUGUAUAGUGGAGGACUUCCCUCAGAAUCCCUACAAGAAGCCAAAAUUUGGCUAAUCGACAGAACGACAUGUAACAGCCGACAGGUGUAUAACGGACAAAUCACAAACACCAUGAUCUGCGCUGGCAAGCUGGAGGGUGGCGUGGACUCCUGUCAGGGGGACAGUGGGGGUCCUCUGGUCACAAAGGAGAAUUCUCUAUGGUGGCUGGUUGGGGACACUAGCUGGGGUGAUGGAUGUGCUUUCAGAAACAAGCCCGGAGUCUACGGAAAUGUGACCUACUUCCUUGACUGGAUAUAUGAACAAAUGCGGAAAUAUUAGCUUUUAUAUUUAUAUAAAGAAGUUUUGAGAAGAGCCACUGAUCCAAACCAAUGAAACGUAGGAACUGUAACCGUGUCCAUGAGACU